AUGGUGAAGGUGGAGGUGGUGGAGGGAGAAGGGAGAAGGGAGCUGGAAGAUGCAAGAGUUCCCUAUCUCUCUCGAUUGCUCACAAAAGUUGGACUCUCUCACCACCCAGCAUUCCAAGUUUUCCCAUUUUCCUUUUCGAUUAGGUUCGUGUGCUUUGAAAUUCUUGAAAAAGUUGGGGGAAAUUCUGGGCUGAGCUUGCUGAUUAGAGCGUAUUUGAGUCGGAGCAUUCGCGGGAUCCGUAUAGGAAAAGUAUGGUGGAAUGGUUUGGCUCAAAGCUGGGGGUGGCUUCUUGUGAAUUGCUUACCACAGCUCACGAUUUCCGGAGUAUUUGGGGUGGAGGUCGUGGCCUGUUUACGCUGGUGCUUGAAGUACCACAUCUCUUGGGAUAAAACUAGUGGUCUGCAGAUGCAUUCAAUACCAAAAUUUGGUUCCCUUCCCUGCGUUCAUGAUGCUGGUGUUGUUGUUCGAGACCCAUUCCUUGGCAUUACAAUCAAAAUGCUAUCACAUCAAGCUAUUCUUUUGCUUGGUGGGAUUAAAGAAAGAUGGGAGAAGGAAAUUGCUUGGAUGGCUCUUCAAGGUAUCAACUCACCACUAGUUCAAGUCUCUGCGCAAUAUGUUGCUGGAAAGUGGAAAGGAUUGAGCAUAUGGUGAACACGAACAACAAUAUGCAAGUUGAAGUCUCGAAACAGAAAAAGUGAGACAGACAUUAAAUGUGGUUGUACUGAGUAACACUAUUGUAUAGUGACCAUUGCUAAAACAUGUUGGUUUCUACUUGAUUGGUGCUUUUUUUUUUAUGAGGGAUUGCUCCUAAGACAUAUGGGUUGAUGCAUGUCAAUUGUACUAAAGAUUGUGGCUUUUAUUUUUCAAACUAAUAUGUUGAUGUAUGUUAAACACUUAUGUUGUUGCACAUCGAUUAAUGCAUAAAUGUGAUUUUUCGAGCA